AUGGACGACUUUUCUGUCUAUGGAAGCUCCUUUGCUGUGUGUUUGUCUAAUCUGUGCAGGGUAUUGCAGCGGUGUGAGGAGAGACAUCUUGUGCUGAACUGGGAGAAAUGCCACUUCAUGGUGAGAGAUGGGAUCGUGCUGGGACAUAGGAUUUCAGAGAAGGGAAUCGAGGGUUCUACAGGCGUUCAUCAAGGACUUCUCCAAGAUCACCAGACCUUUGACGCAUGCUGUUGUGUAAGGAGGUCAAGUUCGACUUUGACAGUGCAUGUUUGGAGGCCUUUCACACGAUCAAGGGAGCUCUGGUGA